GAAUUCUAUUAAAUAUUUAUCGUAUUUUAAAGAGUUGUUUUUAAAGUUUUGUUGUUUGCGUGUUAGAUAUUAACAGAAUGCCCCAGUACAAUAGAAUAAACAGUCUUUCCACAAAAUUAAUAUUGCUCAUAUCAACCUGUAGUACAACAAAAGUGAGAAGAAACAGACAAAUCAGUGCCUGGUAGCUGCACCUUUUCUAUGUUUGAAACGGUGGAAGUAUUGUGGGUAUUUUGGGGGUGAUAGCCCUGGUUUUGGCGGUGUUUGUUAUCACAUGUCAGGAAGCUGUAUGAUUUGGUUUAAAUGAUUAACAACAACAAAUGAUAUAGUUAUAGCAUGAUAAAAUAUGAAACGACAAAAAUUGUUAUAAUGUUUUAAGAGAAAAGAAAAAAAAAUCAGUCAAUGUUUGUGGCUAUAGAAAGGUCUUUUCGAUGAAACAGUGACCAGUGUUUCUUUUCCCUUAGUUACAUUUUUUGUGUUGAGAGAAAAGUUUUAAAGGACUUGUAUCAGUAUUUGUCAGAUUUGUUUUUAACAGAACAUCUUGUCAUCCUUUAGAAAUAAGAAAUUAUUUGAUAAUUCAUUCUCAAAAACUCUGAAUUGAUCACUUUUUUAGUUAUUCACAGUUAGUUUGGACACAACAAAACUAAAUAAUGCUCCAAGUCUAAAACCAAGACUUUAAAAAAAACAAGAAGGCUGAGGAUAAGAUAUCAAGAAACAAGAAAGUAGCAGAAACCAACUUUUUUCGGGAAACACAAUUUUUCCAAAAAAAGGAAAAAAUGUGGAAAACCCACACACGAUCAGACGAAAUAGGAAAGGAUAGAUGGUCUACUGUAACUCGUCCAUCGAUUGUUGAUGUUCCAGUUGACGAAGUUCUUCAUGAAGCAUCCAGAGGCACUUAUGAUUUUGGCCAUUCUCACACUAAAGAAUGGCUAAGUAUCAGUAGGGGAAACAGUUUUGAACCAAAAGAAUUAGUUGAGCUGAACGUGAAGCCAACAAAGGUAACAAAACAACAAUCACUGGCUUCUUCAAGGAACUUGGAUCGUAGUUCUGUUGUCAGCAGUGAUUAUAUGAGGAAGUCAUCUGGUAAGAAGGAUGUUGGAAUUUCACAACCUUACCUACUUCCUUCUCUUAAGUUAGAAAACCGAGAUCCCUCUAGAGUAAAAUCAUCAGAACGUCAUUCCUUUGUCCACGUUAAGCUUGAACAGCCAUCAAAUGAUUCCAUAUCUGGACAACAGAAAGUCAAAGGUCAUAGAGUUUCAUCAACUGACCAUGACAAGGUGGUCAAUGAGGGAGUUGGUGACCUGGAAGUGUGUGACCUCAGUGAUGCAGAGAUAGAAGAAGUUUCAGUUGCUCCAGCGACUUCCAUGAUGUGUAGACCAAGCUACAGUGGUAUUUCUAGGUCAAUUACGUUAUCUGAAGCUAUGAAGUUGAAGCAGAUUGUUUUAGGAUCACCAUUCCGAAACUUUAAUCCAGAAUGGCACCAUCAAAGCUUUACCUUUUCAAACCAUAAAGAUUUAAUGUAUGGACUUAUUCAGAGGAAGGGUGGGCCAUGUGGAGUUCUUGCUGCUGUCCAAGCUUACAUUAUCCUCCAUUUGGUGUUUGGAGAUGUACCUUCAUGCUUAACAGAUGGGAA